UGUCCAAAGAAUGAAUUCCAGCGCAUGUUGUUAGCGAAAACAACAUGGCUGACUUUGGUUUCUAACUUAAUUUUUUGUGCGAAAAAAUGUUGUGUUUUAUUUAAAUUACAGGAUUGAAACUAAGAAAAUAACAGAAAAUGGUUUGAUUUGAGCGAUUCCAUGGGUUUUAGACAAAAUGUUGGCGGGAGCCUAUUCAAAACAAUAUCAAACUCUAGAAAAGGAACAUCUUGAAAAUUUAAAAUCAACAACCUAUAAUGUGAAGAUAGAUGUGCUAGCACGGGCCAAGAAGUUAUCCCAUGAAACAAACAAAAGAAGAAAGGCUCAAGCUGCCAAAAGAAAAAAUGAAGCAUUGAGAGAGGAGAAAAGAAGGCAAGAAAUAUUAGCUAAACGCCAUGAAGAACAAAAAUCAGCCACAGAACGAUUUCAGAGAUCGCAUGUAUCACACAGUAGACCGACCAGCUCUAAAAGCUAUAAAUAUUCAACUUCAGCGAUAGAAGAUGCUUUGAAAUUAGUACGAGGUAGUCCACCCAUCUCUCGACAGAACAAUUAUACGCAACAUGGCGGAAGAACAUCAAGUCCUUUACCAGCCGGUAACUAUCCUUCCGAUCCCCUUAGCCGUCCAUAUUUUAACAAACACAAGAGUCAUCAACACCGGCCCUCAUCACCAUCUUCUCAGACACAAGUGCAAGAUCAUGCCGAGAUGAUGGAUAAAAGUCUACGGAACUGGAAUGAUAGUAAAAGUCUUUUUGAACAGCAGCUUGAAGAACAUCAGCAGCUUUUGUUAGACCAGCAACAGAGAUCACUCUAUGAGUUCAACGAAGCUAUUUCUAAUGAAAUUGCACGCGAUAGUAAAAUAAAUGGCACAGAAGAGAGGGAGGAGUCCCCGAUAAGACAUAGCGAAAGUUUAUCAAGUGUUGAUAGUUUAGAAGAUAGCCUUAAUGUAAGAAAUAAACAGCAAGUUGUAGAAGACGACCCAAACUUGUUAGCUCACAAUCUGAUUUAUCCGGUGGCACUAAGUGGUGGAGUGAAGGGUGGAUUCUAUUUAGAAACCAAUCAUGCACAUCAGACCCCUAGCAAAUCUGAAAUUCGUGGGGUUUCUCUCAGAUCAACUGUGCCGUUAUCUUAUUCUGACUUAACUGUUCAUAAUAACGUUCCAGAAACAACAUUAUCCUAUCUGUCUCAACCUAACAGUGGCAUUGGUACUGUGCCUAUAUCAACUAAUGGUGUUAAACCUGUAUUUGUUUUAUCUGGUAAUAUGUUACAGGCUAAUGUUACAGCCAUUAAUAAUCCCUACCAACACUCACCUGAUAUCAAUGACGAGAGACCAUCAGCUCAUGUCAAAACUUGGGUAGAACCGCAGAAAACUGAAGCUGUGACAUAUAAUACUCCUGCAAAUGUUUCUAAAGGAGACUAUAAUAAUAAGAUGGCAUCCACAAUAUCUACAGCCACAACGUACAAUAUAACAACACCACAAGUUAAGCCUCGGACUGUUUUUAACACAAAUAGCGCUAACAAUGUAAAUAAUAUGUGUACAACAUCAGAAACAAAUUCUUAUGUAUCUACGACUAGUAUAUCUCGUGUUUAUUCUGAUCCUGUUUCUCAAUAUUAUAAAAAUACUGAUACACACGUAACUAGUUCUAAACUUCCAAACCCGUCUGCUACUUCUGUUGUUAGCACUCCAUUAAAAACAAAAACUGUUGAUAGUGUAUCUAAUGGUACGAGCCAUAUGUCUAGUGGUGAUAGAAAUAACGGAAAUAAAAAUAUAAGUGGUAGUAUAUUAGCGGGAACAUUAAAUUUGGUUGAAGGUAAAUUAACAUCAACUAACGAUGAUAAGGUGAAAGUUCAACCUAAGUUUCCAGACACAAGCACACCUCAACGAGAAGCGCCGCCCAAUACAAGAACAACCAACAGUAAUACAACAAAUGUAAUUACUAGAGCUGAUAGUACAGAGAAUAUUGUAGGUAUAUUAAAGAAAUCGCCCAGUACUACUAGUAUGAGAGAUAGUAUAGAGAUAGCUAGAAUACACAGACAAAUGAGUGAAGAAAUGAAAAACAGACCUAAGUCUGGUAAGAAGAGUGUAAGAUUUGCUGAUUUGAGUGAUAAUGAGGAGGAUGAUAUUCUGAUAUCCUCAUUUUCUCACCAUGACACACAUACCGGUAUGAAAAUUAAUUUAAAAAAACCUAGAGCUCGAGCAUCAUCAGCAAGGUAUGUUUCAAAGAUGGCGAAAGUGCCUCCAUCUGCAGCCAAACCACCAAGAGCAGUAAGUGCAGGUACCCAACGAGCUGUCACAUCAGAAAUUACUAAACCUAAAGCUGUUGCUCAUAUUAUCCAAUCACAUGAACCACCACAAACAGAACAAGCCGAAAUUUACUACAAAAACUUACAAGCAGAGCUGGAGAAGAAAGUGACUUUAGUUAACAACAAUUUUAUGGGUAAAGUCGUCACCACACAACAGAGUCCACAGUACACUACAAAUGGUAACCUGUCAACACAGGCAGUCACCAGUAAAUAUCAAACAAAUGGAACAAAGGCUGUGCACCUCAAAAUGACUGAUGCUACCAAACAAACAACAUUGCCAAAAAACAGUGCAAGUCCUCCCCAUGCCUCUAAUGUCCACUAUGGUCAACCGGUUUUUGAUGAAAAUGGUUUACGAAUUGAUCGGACACCAACUGAUGAUGAGAUCAAUCAGCUAUGGGAGACAGUUCGUACAUGUCUACAUCCCAAUGAUGAAGAAAGAAGUAAUUGUUCCCAGGCCCAGUCCGACUCAGUUUUAUUGAGUCGACAGGCUGCACAGAUCUCCAGUAAAGUAAUUGAUGGAGGUGCACUAGGAUCUAUAGGUCCCCCUACACGGGUAGGAUCAGCUUAUCAGCCACGAACGGCCACUAAAGUGUACCAAGCUCGACAGACCAACCAGGGUACAUCUAAUGGUUAUCUAAAGAAAUAUGGUUUGUUGCAACAGAGACGACAGCAGGAGAAAGUUAAUUCUAAAAUAAAUACAGCUAAAACAAAUAAUUUCAUGCCACAAAUAUCUCAGUCUAAUACGUCACCUACUAAAAAAGAUGAUGUAAGUGACAGUAUGGCUGUGUUCAUGAUGGCUGAACAGCUAACCAGUAACCGAUCCAUACCAGAAAGUCAGAUUCAUCAUGCCAUGGAUGAUCUUCAGCUUAGACAAAACAUAGCUAACUCUAAUAAUAAUAAAGUGCCGUCUGCUUUGUCAAUAGAAGAACAACAAUUAAUAGAAAGUUUGGAUAGAUUAAAUGAAAAGUUAAAAACUGCGGAAAAUAAACAUCCACAAGUGAAUCAUACAACUGGUCACCAGGUUUCACAUCAGGCAGCUAAUAUUAGUUCUAACAGUAAUCAGCAGACAACACCUGGUUUCCGAGGCAGACGACCAAUCAGUAACCAUCAAAGACGACAUACUGAUGGUGUUAGAACAGAUUAUUUGUUACGAGCAGCAUCAGCAUAUAUUCCAAGACAGUACAGAUAAAUGAUAAAAAUUUUUUUAUAAUGUUACACUUUGCAAUUUUCAUGAGACAGUGUCAGUAUGUAUAAAAAGUAAUGAAUAUUGAUAAUAUGGCAAAUUUCCUAUUUAAAAUGUAAACAAUAAUGUAUUAUGUACAAAAAGAAAUUGAUUUGAUAUUUAUUAACACUCCUAAGAAAUUUUUCAUAUCUUUCUUGUGAAUAUUAAACCAAGCAUAUUUUUGUAUUAGGACUACAUAUAUUAAUAGAAAAAUAUAUCAGUAGAUAUUUAAUUGAACCGUCCUUGUUGUAUAAGGAAGAAGCAUUUAUGAGUAUGUUGUUUCAGCAUUUCAUGUUAGUCAUGCAUGUACAUAGAGAAAAUCCUAAAUUAUUUAACCAGCUGUUUUUAAUUUAUCUUCUGAUAAUUUAGCUUGAUCAAGCAUCUACAAGUUUUAAAAAUGAAACUUGGUAUACUCUCAGUCCGUAACUGUGGGUUAUUAAGAUCGUAACUAUGGGUUAUUAAGAUUAAUUGUUCUGUAUGUAUUGGCUCAAUAUAUUUAUGUCAGACAUUUUAAAAUCAAUCUUAAACGAUCUCAAUUCAAUCAUCCUCGAAAACAUAGCCACAUUCAGUUAGUGAUUGUAAAGUUACGGAACUUGAUGAUACAUGCACCAAAAUUAUAGUCCUAUAUGUUGUAAAGCCUUUAUUCUGUAUAUAAUCUUUGAAUUAAUUAUAAAUCCUGUGUUAGUAUUAUUGCAGCAAUAUUACUAUUAUUGUACGCUCUAGCAUUAUUUGACAAAAAGCAUUCAUUGUUCAUUUUCCAUGCAACACCAAAGACUUACUAUCAUAUGACAGCAUUUUUGUGAUAAGACUAUUCUGCUUUAGAUUGUAUGAAUUGUCAUACAUCAAAAAAUCAUAGUAUUGUAUUAUAAUGGAUGAUUCUGGGCAAUUUCUGGCAUUGUAGUGUCCAGAAUACUAAUAGACCUUCAUUUGUUACGUUUAGAUAACAACUGUUGGUACAAGGUGGAAUAUUGGAUAACUCAUGAAAGCAACAAUGUAGUGUGCUCAAUACGAGUGGUUUGUUCUCCGACUGCGAUGUUCAUUUGUGUAUAUCCAGAUGUCUUGCUCACAGGAACCUAGUGUAUAGGUGCAAAAUGUUCAGGAACUCAGAGGUCUUGGGGUUAAAUCUAAUCUAAAGCAGUUUGUGUUCACAUAAAAUGCCUAAUAAUUAGUCACAAUAUUUGUAUUAUUUAAUGCAAGGAAACCACAAUCUGUAUUAUAUUAAGUAGUAUUAUAUAGCCUAUUACCAGCAUCAUAUUAUUUCAAGUGCCCUUCUUGUAAUGAAUCUUCUAUUUCUGUUACAUUAAUACUUAUAUUUAUAUAUCUUAUACUGAUACAUGUAUUAACUAUUGAUUUAAAGGGAGAAUGAUUGGUUUAAGUCUUUUACUUGCAGCUUUCAAUUUUCAAGCUAUGAAGGAAGUAGGCUUUAAGGGGACAUUUCACAUCAAAACCAUAAUAGUGUGUUUAGAUUUAGAAACUUGCAGUUGUUUGUUUCAAGAAUUCUUGAUGUUACAAAUACACUUUCAAAGAUUUGUGAAUGACAGCCAUUGACUUGAUAUAUGUGUUAUUGUUAAAUGUUAUACAAAUUAGCAUUAUAGUAUUAAUUUUAAAAUAAUUGCAGAUAUAUUUAUAGCUGACAUUUUAGCAAUCAUGCAAUGAAAACAAUUCUUUAUAAUUAUAAGUUAAUGUUUUCGUCAGAAGGGUCUUAAUAUGAGAAGGGUGUCUAAAGUUCUCAUUCGUUGUCUUCUCUUUUUAACCAUUUUCCAAGCUUUAUGUGCUUUUGUUUACAGUUCGAUUUUUUAGAACUUUUUUUUAGAUGUCAAUUGUCUAUCCAUGUUAUUAGUCUGAUUAUAUAAAUAGAUAAUUGAUGUAUACAAUAUGUUAAAUUAAGUUAAUAAACAAAAAUUGUUUGUAAAUAUACCAUUCCUGAUAUUUGUUUCUAAUAGAUUUUUUGUUCUUUUUCUAUGUAUAAUUCAACGAUAGAAGACAUAUGGGUACAUAUAACUGUAAAAAUAGACUAUAUAUUUCUAUAUUUUAAUGAAAAAUAACCUCUUCUUUUAUAAAUAUUAAUAAUUAGUACAGGUGUAUAUUGUUAGUCAAAUUGUAAAUUAAUACAUUCUUGAUAUAGCUCUGAGAAGUUUGAGAACAUUACUGAGUUACACAAGCCCAGAUCCAUAGGACAGAGCAACCAAAAGUGCACAUUACAAAUAAAUCAAGACAAAUUAUUUUUU